CAUCGCCGCCCCUGACUCACCCCGCUGAGCUGCGGGAGGCGGGCGAGCCGGGAAGGGGGCAAGAGCGGCUGUGGGGGCAGCCACCAUGAACCGCCUGGGCAAGAAGGCGAACGAGACGCUGAUCGAGAUGGCCCUGUCGGCCGACGAUGACGUUGCAGUUCUCACCAAGUUCAAGCUGUCGCGGUCAGAAGGGGAAGAAAGCAAUGGACCUUUAUGUGAAACCAUUUCAACUGCAGGAUCUGAGGUCCCGAGUGGCUCUGAGGGUCUAAACAGCACUGAGACUACUUUACUCAUCCCUGAUCAUCAAGUGCAGAGUGGAAGGAGAUAUAAUCUGUUCCUGAAGCGGCGACUCAGGAUCGAUAAAAGACAUGAAAGCAAAGAUUCAAUAUUCUUCAGGGAUGGUGUCAGGAGGAUUGAUUUUGUUCUCUCCUAUGUGGAUGAUCUUAAUAAAGAAUGGGAAAAGAAGUUGGAAAGAAGAAAAGAAUUUGAGAGCAAUCUGCAGAAGGCUGGUUUGGAACUGGAAACAGAAGACAAGAAGGAAUCUGAAGAUGGCAAAAUUUACUUUGUGAAGAUCCAUGCCCCGUGGGAGGUUCUGAUCACAUAUGCAGAAGUGCUGAACAUUAAAGUUCCCAUCAAGGAAAAUGACAUUCCCUCAAUGGUGGAGAACCCCCUGGACUGCAUGCUUACACCAUUCAGGCUGCCUGAGAAGGUGAUGCACCCAGAGCCAGAUUAUUUCACUGCACCGUUCAGCAAGGACAAGCAGGAGCUGUACCUCAUUAAUGAUGAAAGCACUUUCUUCUCGCCGUCCAUGAGAAACAGAAUAGUUAAUUACAUACUUACACGAUGUCCGUAUGGAACAGAAGAAGGGAAGAAGAAGUUUGGGAUUAAAAGACUGCUGAAUAAUGGCACCUAUUCAGCUGCUUACCCUCUUCACGAUUGCCAGUACUGGAAAAAGGCAAGUGAUCCAAACUGUGACAAUGAGAGAUACACGCUGUACAUGGAGUGGGCCCGUUUCUUGCGGUUCUACAAAGAGCAGCCUUUGGAUCUCAUCAGGAAGUACUAUGGUGAAAAGAUUGGAAUCUAUUUUGCCUGGCUAGGAUUUUACACUGAGAUGUUAUUCCUUGCUGCAGUCGUUGGUGUAAUCUGUUUUCUUUAUGGCUUGUUUACAAUGGAUGAAAAUAUGAGCAGCAAAGAGAUCUGUGAUCCUGCAAUUGGAGGAGAGAUCAUCAUGUGUCCUCUUUGUGACCGAGAGUGUGAGUACUGGAGACUGAACACCACCUGUGAGUCCUCAGAGUAUUCCCAUUUGUUUGACAACGUGGCAACUCUUUUUUUUGCCAUUUUCAUGGGCAUAUGGGUUACACUUUUCUUGGAGUUCUGGAAGAGGCGGCAAGCAAGACUGAAAUAUGAGUGGGAUUUGGUUGAUUUUGAAGAGGAACAGCAACAACUCCAGCUGAGGCCAGAGUACGAGGCCAAAUGUACCCAAAAAAAGAAGAAUCCGGUUACUCAGGAAAUGGAGCCUUAUUUGCCUCUAACUAGCCAGGCUGUGCGGUUCUGCAUCUCAGGAACUACAGUGUUGUUCUGGGUGUCCCUGAUCAUAGCUAGCAUGAUAGCUGUGAUCGUGUAUCGCCUGGCUGUAUAUGCUGCCUUCGCCAGCCUCAUGGAAAAUACUCAGACUCUGCAGCCCAUCAGUGGAUUACUGACCCCUCAGCUGGCAACUUCAGUCACAGCUUCUUGCCUCAAUUUUGUCAUCAUCAUGAUACUGAAUUUCAUAUAUGAGAAAAUAGCUGUCUGGAUCACUGAUAUGGAGAUUCCCAGAACUCACAUGGAGUAUGAGAACAGGCUCACUAUGAAAAUGUUUCUGUUCCAGUUUGUCAACUACUAUUCAUCCUGCUUCUAUGUGGCCUUCUUCAAAGGAAAGUUUGUUGGUUACCCAGGUGCAUACACCUACAUGUUUAAUCGCUGGCGAAAUGAAGAGUGCGAUCCUGCAGGCUGCUUGAUUGAAUUGACGACUCAGCUCACCAUAGUCAUGGCUGGCAAACAGAUCUGGGGAAAUAUCCAAGAGGCCAUUGUACCCUGGAUUUGUAACUGGUGGGGACGCCGCAAAGCCAGAAGUAAUCCAGAGAAUUUGUAUAGUCGCUGGGAGCAGGACCACGAUCUGCAGAUAUUUGGAGCCCUGGGCCUUUUCUAUGAAUACCUGGAAAUGGUCAUUCAGUUUGGAUUCAUUACUCUCUUUGUGGCAUCCUUUCCCCUGGCUCCUCUUCUUGCUCUGAUGAAUAAUAUCUUGGAGAUUCGAGUAGACUCCUGGAAGUUAACCACUCAGUACAGAAGACCCGUGGCUCUAAAAGCACAUAGCAUAGGAGUGUGGCAAGAAAUCUUGAAUGGAAUGGCCAUCUUGUCUGUUGUCACUAAUGCAUUUAUUGUUGCAUUCACAUCAGAUAUGAUUCCUCGUUUAGUUUACUACUAUGCUUAUUCUGAAAAUGAAGUCUCACCGAUGUCUGGAUACAUAAACAAUAGUUUGUCAGUGUUUGAAAUCUCAGAUUUUCCUGAGAGAAACAAGCCUAAAGAGAAUCCAGAAGGUUUCACACAAUGCAGGUACAGAGACUAUCGGUACCCUCCAGAUCAUGAGAGGAAAUAUUUACACACAAUGCAGUUUUGGCACAUUCUUGCUGCCAAGCUGGCAUUUAUAAUUAUUAUGGAGCAUGUUGUAUUCAUCGUCAAAUUCUUUGUAGCUUGGAUGAUUCCUGAUGUACCUGCAGAUGUGAAAGCCAAGAUAAAACGUGAAAAAUAUUUGACACAGAAAAUCCUGCAUGAGUACGAACUUGAAAAACUGAAGGAGAGACUGUGUCAAGGUGAUAAACGAGCUACAGAAAAGGAGUUCAUUGCCACAGAAGGGAGAAUGGAGUUAUCCAGAGCAAUGUAGUUGAAAAAACAACUGUUUGGGAUUCAGCUCAUUUUAGCUUCUUUAUCUGUGACUUGCUCAGUAUGCAUCAUCUUGAAAGCUGUAGGACAGCUUCAGCCCUUUGCUUUCAGUCCAAAGAUUUUAGACUUUAAGAGUCAUACUGAGCAUUUUAGGUUUAGUGAAAACUAUUUAAGGACAUGACUUAGGCACCGUUCUCUGUGUAUGCAUCACUUCAAAUAAUCAAUGUAAUCUUGUAAUCCUACAAUUUGGAUCCCCAAUACAAGGAAUGUUAGCGAAAAGGACCCACAAGGUAUCAUACAGUCAUUACCACCAAGCCCUUACGCUGUAUCCCAGCUGAAUGAGAAAGAUAUCCCAGAGGACUUCUGCUGUGGAAAAUGCUGAGCAUUGCCUUGUGAUGUGAAUCUUUAAAAGCAGAAAGCACUCUUGAUAGCUGGGAUAGGGUUUUAGGGUAUUUUUGUAUCCACCGUGUUUUCUGAAGUGUUUCUUCCUGGCUUAUGACGUCUGUACUCUUUUUUAGAAGGAAAUAGGUUUUUAAAGAUAUACCAGUUUAAUUCCAUUUGGAAUUAUUUUAAGGCACAGAAUUCAGGUAGUACUUACUAAUGAAGGAAAAAUACCCACUGUAAUUUAUUUUCAUUAAGCUUCGCCAGCAAUAGAGUUUGCUCUUUAAAUGGAGAUUCUGUGGAAUCAUCUAAUUAAUUUUCUAAAAGAUGUAUGAUUUGGAGAAAUACAGCUAUUUCUCCAUCACAAAACUUGCUAUUGGAAGAACGUGCUUGACGUAAGUUUUGGGCCAAGCUGCUCCUUUGGUUGGAUUCUUCCCAUCUUUGUCAAUGCCACGUAAGGCCUUAAAAUCACGUGCCCAUACCGUGUGCUGUGGAGCGUGACUUCAGAGCACAGCAGGUUGGGAUUUGGGCCCCUGUGUUAAUUGAUCAAACCACAUGAUUGUACAGAGAACAGGAUUCAUAUUCAGAUGAUUUUAGGAAUGCCAAGUACUCUAUGUUUACGUUGUUGUCCUUAUGCAUAGGAGCUUUUCUUUUUAAUCCCCAAGAGGGAAUUUCUUUUGUUCUGUCAUGGGGCCUUUCUACAAAGUUAUAGAAGCUGUAAGCAGGUAAAUAACUACUUGUGUAUAGGAGCUACCAGCUGUUUAUGAAUGUGCCCUUGUUUUAUAAUUUUAAGCAGUUAUGCAUUUUUAUGAUUUUGCUGCAUUUUUAAAACAUAUCAACACUUCCACAAUUAGUGCCUUGUUUAUUUGCGUUUGGCAAAAGAUGUGAAAACAAUCACUAUGUGGAAAUGAGCAUUUCCAAAGUGUGCUUGCAGGCAUCAUGAUACUGUGAACCUGCACACAUAACUGUAGUGCUAGCCACACAAUGCCUGCCUUGGCACACUUGUCUUUGUUAGUGCUAUGCAAACCAUUCAUGCCCAGCUGUCCAUACCUAGGCUGCUUGGAUCAGCUUGCACCAAGCUGUUGAGUUCUCUCGUGUGCAAGUACACUGGCUAGAGAGAUGAGAGAUUAUAACAUAUUUGCACUUUGAUAGUUAUGCUUCCUUGCAAGUAUACAAAAAAAAAUUGGAUUUGAAUGCCAUAUCAGCCAAUGAUGUACUGUUUACAAGAUCCACAACCUACAGUUUCCAGUUUUUGUUUCAACAGACCUAGCCAAUUUUGUCUAGUAACCUUAAUGUUGUAAUCAGUGUCUUGGGUAGAACUGUAAAUACUAGCAAAAGUUCUAACACGGAAGUGCCUACCUCGAGCAAACAUUGCAUGGUUUGGCUGCCAGUCAAGGAUUUGAAGCAGAUGUACAUUUCUCUCCAUUUCUGUAAGUUAUUCAGCUUAUUCUGUAAGUUGACUUAGUAGAUCAAGCAUCUUGGUAGUUCACGUUUAUGAUGAACUGACCGUGUUCUGACAUAUUCAGAUACAUUUGAAAUAAUGGAUUUACUGCAGGAAUGCAUGUAUGAGUAAGCUAGCUCUGCUGCUUAAUAUGUAAGCCAAAGAAAAAUAUCAGUCACCAUGAUUAUGUAAGUGACACCAGAACUUAUAUACUGCAAGCACUUUGCUGCUUCUUACAUAUGUACUGUUAAUUAAACUGCUUAAUUUAGAUUUCAUGGUUCUGUUUUCUCCUGUUAGCAAAGCAAACUGUUGCUUCAGAUAGUAAAGUAAUGAGAUGCAAAAUGAUACUUUAAUGCAAAAUAUACACAUCUGCCUGAAACUGAAAAAAGUUGAAAAUUCAGCUUUAGAUUCCUGUGUAUGGAACAUUAGCUUCUUUAGGUCCUAUAAUAAAUAAAGUGUCCUUUCAAGUUACUGCACUCAAAAAGUUGUCAACAAAAUUGCUGUCUUGUGAACGAUUCUUGCAAUUAAAAAGCAAGAUUAAGAACAAGGAAAUUCCUGAGCUCAGGAAACAGCACUGAUAUUCAGAAGUCCCAUGCAAAGGCCCUGAAUUUUAUUUCAUGCUCGGCCUCCACUUCUUGCUUCUUCCAAAUGCGUUUUUUGACAUCAUUUCCUAUUUGAUGCUGUAGAAAUAUCUUUUGCAGCAAAAAUGAAAAAAUCUGGGACCUACUUCUCUAAAAUAUGCAAUGAAGGAAUCUAUCCUUACACUCCACAGCAUUACUUCAUGGUGUAAUAGAAAACUGUUGGCAAGAAUGAGCAUUGUCAUACUAAGAGCAAAUGUCACAAAGAAAUCCGAAGCCUGUUUGUGUAACAGUUGGCCUUUGCUUGUCAUUCAGCAGUGUUUUGGCAAAAGCUUGUUGGCACACUUAGAAGGAUGAUAAUGGUCUAAGUACCUGCUUCCUGAAGCGCUCUCAAAAAGUGGCAAAAACAGAAAAAUGGUCUGGUCAGUUUGAGGAUGUAGUUAUCGUUAAAAGAUUGGGUUUUGAGAUGUUCAAAGUACGCAUCUGAAAGUGUCCUUUGACCAAAGGGAAGUUACUUCCACAUUGGAACUGCAGCAGGUAAAGCUACAGCAGAUUGCUUCGUUAGAAUUAGUGAAAAAAAUCAAAUUGGCCUUUCAAGUGUCAUACAAUCAGGGAUUAUUGUUUUUUUUCAGUUGAAAUCUAGUAUUUAUGUAUUAGGUUGAUAUGAUCCGAGCAAAUGACUGCAAAAUGAGUGCUACUAUAAAACACUAUGCUGUUUUUUUCUAGAAGAUAUUAUUAUUUUUAGGUUUUUUAUGUAAUACUAUCAGCUGGAAACAGUGGGAAAGAGUGAAAAAUCCAUGGACUUCUGUACUGUUCUGACUCAUACUGUCAUGUAAUCAAAGUGGCAUUUGUCUGCUACAUAUGUUGCUGGUAUAUAUGAUACACUAAUGUUGGAAUAAUUUUUUAAACAUUGCAUUCAGCUAACUUAUACAUGUACAUUUAAUAACCUGGCAAAUAAAGCAGUGUUUAUUUUUAA